AUGUCUGAUAGGCAGAAGGGUUUGAUUAAAGCAAUGGCUGAUGUUAUUCCCAAAGCAGAACAAAGGUUAUGUGUUAGGCAUAUUUGGGCUAACUUCAAGCUCAACUACAUUGGAUCAACCUUCAAGGAGCUAUUUUGGAGAGCAGCCAGGGCUACCACUUAUUGGUAUGCACGGUUACUUGUCUUGUCUGCAUGUUUACUUAUAUUGUCUGAGUAUUGGUUCAUGCUUCUGUCUGCAUUUGUCUGUAUCUGUUAUAAAUGUCCUGCUUUUAUACAUGUUGUUCUGAACUGGUAUGUCAUUGCAUAUUGUCAGUUUGAGCAUAAAAUUGCCAUGGAGUCUAUCAAAUUCCUUGAUGAAGAGGCAUAUGACUAUUUAGCCAACAUUCCUACCAGUCAUUGGUGUAGACAUGCAUUUACACCAAACUGCAAGUCCAACAUGUUGGUGAACAACAUGUGUGAGACUUUCAAUACAGUGAUUAGGCAUGCCAUAGAUAAACCUAUUCUCACCCAAAUGGAAUGGAUGAGAAGGUAUAUAAUGAACAGGAAUAAUGAAAAAUGGGAGGAUUCAAAAGAAAUUACACACAACUUAGUGCCAUAUGUGAGGCAUGUUCUGGCUAGGAUAGACUUUGUGGCUAGGUCCUGUGUGGUGCAACCAUCAAGAGGGAAUACCUUUGAGGUGCAGCUGAAGGAUGACCAAGUCUUGGUUUAUUUGGAUAAGGAGACCUGCACAUGUUACCAUUGGGAACUUACUAGCAUUCCCUGUGUUCAUGCUUAUGCAUGCAUGUUGGAUGUGAGGGGUGACAUAGAGGCAUAUAUUGACCCAUACUAUUCCAUGGACACAUACAGGGAUGCUUAUAAACCAGCUGUCCAACCAAUGCCUGGUCCCAAGCACUGGGAGAGAGUCAAAAUAAGGGAACCACUACCUCCUUCUGUUAAGGUGCAGCCUGGGAGACCUAAGAACAAAAAAAGGAAGCUUGAGCUAGGAGAAUGUUCUACUGCAGGGGUUCAAGCAAGAAUAAAGAGGAAGAAGCAACGUAGCAAUUGUGGGGGAUUUGGGCAUUAUGCCAAGACCUGCAAAGGACCUGCUGCACCAGCAAUAGAGCUGAUAAAGUCAGCAGGCAGACCCCCUUGA